AUGGCAAGAACCAAGCAGACAGCAAGAAAGAGCACAGGAGGAAAAGCACCAAGAAAGCAAUUAGCCACAAAGGCAGCAAAGAAAAGCACAGUAGCCACAAAAAGACCACACAGAUUCAAGGCAGGCACAGUGGCCCUAAGGGAAAUAAGAAAGUACCAAAAGACAACGGAUUUAUUAAUCAGAAAAUUACCAUUCCAGAGACUAGUCAGGGAAGUAGCCUCAGAGUUUAAGGCGGAGGUUCGAUUCCAGUCAUCUUCAAUUCUUGCAAUCCAGGAAAGUCUGGAGAAUUAUCUCACAGGAUUAUUUGAAGACAGCAACAGAUGCGCAAUUCAUGCGAAGAGAGUCACAUUAAUGGCACGGGACUUGCAUUUGGUGCACAAGAUAAAAUCAAUAUAA